CCCCAGCCCGUCCCAGGGCUUCCUGCAGUAGGGCUGCGGGGGAGGGGUCCCCCAGCCCUGCUCCAUCUCUAUAAAUGACAGCCUGGUAUGCGGCCUUCCCCACAGCACCCCUCCCCCGCCGUCUGCCCUUGCUCCGCCGGGGCCCCUCCUGUCAGGCUAGAGCGGCCCUGGAAGGCGCUUGGACCGGCCCCAUCUGGACGCUCAGCCUUUCCCACACUGGGCCUGGACCUCUGUCCAUCGCCUGUCAACAACCGACGUCUCUGUCACCCUUGUGCCCUGCGGGUUCCCACCCCAGCGAGGCACCCGGCUAAGGGGCGAGGCCAGCGCAGGGGGCGGGGCUGGCGAGACAGGCAGAAAGACAGAUGGAGAUGGGGCGCGGCGGGAAAUGGAGCCUCGCUGUCACAGGCCCCCCAGCCCUCUUACCCUGAGGGUCCCCAGCACUCCGCCAGCUACCCACAGCCUCGGGGCUUCUGCUGGUGCCCGCCCUCAGCCAGCGUGACUUGGUUUCCCCAAAGGACUUCCCUCCCUGCUCUCUGCCUGGCCUGGGAUACCACAGAGGACCUUACCGGUGCGCCUAAGCCAGUGCCAGCUCAACGAACGUCCCGGCCACCUGCACCUAAUGGAGUGGUAGUGACCCCGUCACCCCAGCAGGCCCGGGAGCCAUGUGGCCCAACGGGAGUUCCUCGGGGAGCUGUUUCCGGCCUUUGAACAUCACCCUGCAAGACCGGCGCGCUAUCGCGUCACCCUGGUUCGCUGCGUCCUUCUGCGCGCUUGGCCUGGGGUCCAACCUGCUGGCGCUGAGCGUGCUGGCUGGGGCGCGGCCGGGCGGGGGAUCUCGCCCCUUCUUCCUCAUCCUCUUGUGCGGCCUGGUCCUCACAGACUUCCUGGGCCUUCUGGUCACCGGGGCCGUCGUGGUGUCGCAGCACAUCGCCCUCCUGGACUGGCAGGCCACCGACCCCCGCUGCCGUCUGUGCCACUUCAUGGGGACGGCCAUGGUGUUCUUUGGGUUGUGCCCCUUGCUCCUGGGGGCCACCAUGGCUGCUGAGCGCUACGUGGGCAUCACGCGGCCGUUCUCCCGCCCCUCAGCCACGCCGCGCCGCGCCUGGGCCUCCGUGGGGCUAGUGUGGGCUGUGGCCGCGACGCUCGGGCUGCUGCCGCUGCUGGGGCUCGGUCGCUACAGCGUGCAGUACCCUGGUUCCUGGUGCUUCCUGACACUCGGGGCGCAGCGCGGCGACGUGGCCUUCGGGCUGCUGUUCGCGCUCCUGGGCAGCGCGUCGGUGGGCCUGUCCUUCUUGCUCAACACCGUGAGUGUCGUGACGCUCUGCCGCGUCUACCGCACGCAAGAGGCCGCGCAGCGCCCUCGGGACUACGAGGUGGAGAUGAUGGUUCAGCUCGUGGGCAUCAUGGCUGUGGCCACUGUGUGCUGGAUGCCCCUUCUGGUCUUCAUCGCCCAGACCUUGCUGCAGACGCCGCCUGUCUUGAGCCCCUCUGGGCAGCUGUCUCGGGCCACAGAGCACCAGCUGCUUAUCUAUCUGCGUGUGGCCACAUGGAACCAGAUCUUGGAUCCCUGGGUCUACAUCCUUUUCCGCAGGUCGGUGCUCAGGCGCCUGCCUCCGCGGCUCAGUUCCCGGCGGCGGCUCCCGGCUUUGUCUUUGCGCCCGCCCCCAACCCAGGGCACAGCCCAGGUCGCGCUCAGUGCGCCUUGAAGGACAGUGUCACAGGCGACUACCAUCGCCUGCGCCCUAUCUCAGGCUUUGUGGACUAAGGACAGCAGCCACCAAUAUGGGGCUAACUGCUGUGAACCUCAAAGAUGUCUCCUUGAUGGUCCUCCCUG